AUGAGACUCGUAGCAUUACUAGCGAUAGAAAGAGCAACACAGUUAGCUGCUGUUGCUGUUGCUGCUGCUGCUGCUGCUACUGCUGCUGCUGCUGCUGCUGCUGCUGCAUGCAGGUAUCUGUCUUUCGCUAGACGCGCCAUAAGGACUCGGAUAGCGAAGACGCACAAGGCAGCAACAGCAGCAACAGCAGCAGCAGCAGCAACAGCAGCAGCAGCAACAGCAGCAGCAGCAGCAGCAGGAGCUGCAGCUGACGCAGCAGAAACUCCUCGCCGAAAGCUUGCGCGUACAUCCAACCAGCAGCAGCAGCAGCAGCAGCAACAGCAGCAACAGCAGCAGCUGCUGCAGCAACAGCAGCAGCAACAAAAGCAGCAGCAAGAAGGAGUAUCUGCUGCAUGCAAUCAGCAGACAGACGCACAAUGGAGCUGCCUAUACACCCCGUUUGCUGCUUCUCCUUUCAGCUGCACCCCCAAAGUGAAACCUUCUGCUGCUGCUGCAGCACCUGCAGCAGCUGCUGCAGCAGCAAACAGGGCAGCAGCAGCAGCAGCAGCAACACAAGGCAGCAACAGCAGCAGCAGCAACAGCAGCAGCAGCAGCAACAGCAGCAGCAGCAGCAGCAGCAGUAGCAACAGCAGCAGCAGCAGCAGCAGGCAUCUGUACAACCCGCUUUCCCCCAUCCGAGUUUCUCCCUUCGCCACGGCCACAGCAGCAGCAGCAGCAGCAGCAGCAGGAGCUCCAGGUGUUACAGCAGCAACAGCUACUACUACAGCAGCAACAGCAGCAGCAGCAGCAACAGCAGCAGCAGCAGCAGCUUAUAGCCGUGCAAAGCGGGGAGCAGCAGCUGACGCAGCAGAAACUCCUCGUCGAAAGCUUGCGCGUACAUCCAACCAGCAGCAGCAGCAGCAGCAGCAACAGCAGCAACAGCAACAGCAGCAGCAGCUGCAGCGACAACAGCAGCAGCAACAGCAGCAGCAGGACAGUGGGGCUCUGCUGCUGCUGUCUUCUCAGCUUGGAGUUGAUGAGGCUGCGCGAACACCCCGAUUAAAACAAACAAGUGAUGAGCUGCUGCAGCAGCAACAGCAGCAACAGCAGCAGCAGCAGCAGCAGCAGCAACAGCAGCAGCAAGAAGGAGUAUCUGCUGCAUGCAAUCAGCAGGCAGACGCGCAACGGAGCUGCCUAUACACCCCGUUUGCUGCUUCUCCUUUCAGCUGCACCCCCAGAGUGAAACCUGCUGCUGCUGCUGCAGCACCUGCAGCAGCUGCUGCAGCAGCAAACAGGGCAGCAGCAGCAGCAGCAGCAGCAGCUCUCUCCCUUGGCAGCCGCAGGGCUAACACGCCCAUUCUUCAUCGGCGCCUCACAGCAGCAGCAGCAGCAGCAGCAAGUGCUGCUGCUGCUGCUGCUGCUGCCUCGCCGUUUGCUUGCAGCAGGAGCACCCCACACAGUGCAGCAACACCACUGCGCAGCAGCAACACCGCAGCAGCAGCAGCAACAGCAGCAGCAGCAGCAGCAGCAGCAGGGACAGCAAGUGUUGCUGCGGUGCAUGUGCAGACGUAUGUGGUUUAUGUUGGUUUGCUGCAGGCAGCAGCAGUCGGGCUGCAGCAGCUGGAAACAGCAGCAGCAGCAGCAGAACUGCUGCUGCAGCAGCUGCUGCUGUCAUGCAAAGUUGAAGUAUUAGAUUAUGUUGCCUUUUGUGUUGCUGCGGCUUAUAAACCCCAUGUGCAGCAGCAGCAGCUGCAGCAAAGACACAUGCUGCAGCAGCAGCAGCAGCAACAGCAGCAGCAGCAACGACACCAGCAGCAGCAGCAGCAGCAGCAGCAAGAUGAAGCAGAGACACUGGCUACCACCCCUACCUUGGCUCUGGAGAUAACCGACAUCAUUCGGGCGUCGGUAGCAGCAAAGCUGCAGCUGCAUCUGCAGCAGCUGCAGCCACAGCAGCAGCAGCAGCAGCAGCAGCAACUGCAGCAGCAGCAGCAGCAGCAGCGGCUUGCGCAUAUCAAGAUCCACGAGGCGGAUGCUGUAAACUGUGAUUGUGCAUCCGAGAGCAGCAGCUGCAGCAGCAGCAGCAGCAGCAGCUGUUGCAGCACCAGCUGCAACAGCGACAGCAGCAGCAACAGCAGCAGCAGCAGCAGAUGCUGCAACCGGCGCAGCAAAAGCAGCAGGAAGUGCUCAAGCGCAUGCAGUUCUCCUGCUGCUGCUGUCGACAGCGCAGCAACAGGCUCUGUUGAAGGAGAAACAGCAGCAACAGCAACAGCAGCAGCAACAGCAGCAGCAACAGCAGCAGCAACAGCAGCAGCAACAACAGCAGCAGCGGCGACAGCAGCAGAAAAGUGGCCCCUUUGGGGCGCACCUCUACAGGUGCUGCAGUGCCUAUCGAGCGACGCUGCUGCUGCUUCUGCUGCUGCUGCUGCUGCUGCUGCUGCUGCUUGCACCACCCAGCAGCAGCAGCAACAGCAGCAGCAGCAGCAACAGCAGCAGCAGCAGCAGCAGCAGCACGAUUGUGAGC